GGCUUCGGCAUUGGGCCAGGCACACACGCAAUCCUCACCCUGGCGGGGACGAGAGCUGAGUAUAAAGACUCGAUGGUCUGUCCCUCAGGGCCAGAAGCCCGGAACCCAGCGGGACUUCAAGAGCUUCUGGCAAGCGUCUUUACCUUUUACCUUCAGUUUCAACUUCUUUAACCUCAAGUCGUUCUUUUUCUCUUUACUUCCUGCACUAUGGUCUGGACCACUCCCUCUCGUGCCCUCGGGGUGAUGCUGAGCUGCAUCGCCCUGCUCCCCGCGCCGGCCACCGCGGGCCACCAUCAGCACGACCACCUGCACCGACGCCAGCACCACCACCACCAGGGCUACAGCGUCGGGCCCCCGAUCUGGCAGACCCGGCCGCACGACAGCGAGACAGCUGCAGCGACUGUGGUGGCGCCCGCGACCGCGACCGCGACCACGACCACCGCGAUCCAAUCCGUGAUCCCGUCCGCCCCCGUCGUCGCAUCCUCGGCAGCAGCGGCGGCCUCGUCCGCGGCGGCAGCGAUCAGCAGCCUGAAAGCGCAAGUGAUCAUUCCGUUCUACGUGUACCCGGACCCGGGCAAAUGGACUCCCUUGUUGGACUUAGUGGCAUCCUUCCCGGACGUGCACUUCACCGUGAUCAUCAACCCCAGCAGCGGCCCGGGCACCAGCGCCCUCCCCGACGCAGCCUUCCUCACCGCCGUCCCGAGCCUAACCGCCAACUCCAACGUGCUGGCGAUCGGCUACGUCCCGACCCAAAAGGGCACGCGGGCGAUCGCCGACGUGGAGAAGGACAUCAACACGUACGCGAACUGGCCCAGCGCGUCGGGCAACAGCUCGUUCGCGGUGCACGGGAUCUUCCUGGACGAGGCGCCCAACGCCUACAGCGCCGACCUGGUCAGCUACUACACGACCUUGUCGAAUCUCAUCAAGAGUAAAGACGGGCUUGGGCCGGAGAACUACGUGGUCACCAACCCCGGCACCCCCCCAGACAACGCCUACCUCGACCUAGCGGACAGCACCGUCGUCUUCGAGUCGCCCUACUCCUCCUUCCAGGACGCCAUCUCCGCCGGCACCUUCACCAAGCUCAACGCCUCCAGUAACAGCCACACCAAGCUGGCGUCCAUGGUCUACGGGGUCCCCGACACCGUGCAUUUGCCGACGCUGCUGACGCAGGUGGGCAACAUCUCCGAGCAGAUCUUCUUGGGCAAUACGAGCUCGUACAUGGUGUAUGAUACGUAUAUGAACUCGGUGGUGCCGGCGUUGUUGGAGUUGGUUUAGUUGGGGGGUUUGGGUGGUUUGGAUGGCUUGGUCGGGGUUGUGUGUGUGCUGGUGGUUGAGGGGGUGCAUCGUGCAUCGGGCAUCAUGUGCUGGUGGUGGAGGG